AUGGCCUUUCCCUCUUCUUCUUUCCCGACCUGCCAUGGCAGCACCUCGCCCUCCGCCACUUCCUCUUAUUUUCCUUCCUUACCGACCACCUACCUCCGCCGCAGCCACGAUGUCACCAAAACCCACCUCCCCUCUUCUUCUACUUCUACAUCUAAACCACUACUAUCACUCUCACCACCACACCCUCUCCCCUUCACCACCCUCAAAAUUUUCUCAAAUCACAUCCGCAUCUCCUUCAUAACCAGAGCUUCCGAUUCCGAAACCCAAUUCGACACCAUCUCUUCACCAACAUCAUCUGAAAUCGAUUGUGUUGGAACCGGAACCGAUGUGGAGUGCGUUUUUCCCUCAGAGGGAAAGGGCGAUUAUGAAAUUACCGAACCAGUAACAGCUUCGUUAACUGACGUAGUAUUGGAAUGGGCGUUACUGGUGUCGCCGUUUUUCUUUUGGGUUGCUUUCGCGGCUUCUCGUGGCCGGAAAAUGCCAUCGGGACUAAAUGCUUGGCUUUCUAUUGCACUAUUCGCCCUUAUUGAUGCUACUUGUUUUCAGGGAUUUUUAGCAAAAGGAUUGGAAAAAACAUCAGCUGGCCUUGGCAGUGUUAUAAUUGAUUCACAGCCUUUGACAGUUUCUAUUCUUGCUUCCUUUUUAUUCGGUGAAACCAUCGGUUUAGUUGGAAUUGCAGGUCUAAUUCUUGGUGUUGUAGGCCUUGCACUUCUUGAGAUACCUGCAAUUCCAUUUAAUGAAAAUAAUUUUUCGUUAUGGGGAAGCGGGGAAUGGUGGAUGCUUCUAGCGGCUCAAAGCAUGGCGGUUGGUACAGUUAUGGUCCGGUGGGUUUCCAAAUACUCGGAUCCGGUUAUGGCAACCGGGUGGCACUUGGUUCUUGGUGGGAUUCCAUUGGCGGUGUUGUCGAUUCUUGCUCAUGAUCCCGCUGUCAGUGGAGGAUUGAACGAGCUCACGACAAAUGAUGUUUUUGCCCUUCUGUAUACUUCCGUGUUUGGCAGUGCUAUUAGCUAUGGUGUAUACUUCUACAAUGCUACAAGAGGUAGCUUGACAAAGCUUAGCUCCCUUACCUUUCUAACUCCAAUGUUUGCUUCGGUUUUUGGUUUCCUUUAUCUUGGGGAGACUUUCUCGCCAAUUCAACUCACGGGAGCAGUUGUUACAGUUGGUGCCAUAUACAUGGUCAACUACAAAAAUGUUGUCAAAUGAACCGAAUUAUUAUAUCAAAUAUAUAGUGCGAUUUAGAGGGCUUUUAAUAGAGUUCCAAACAAGGUAUAUAUACAUGGAAUUUUCCAUGAUAGUUUUAUGUGCUCAUUA